CAAUUGGAAGCUAAAUUUGCUGCUAAGGAAUCUGAGGUUACCUUAUUGGAGAAUAAUAUCAUUAAUAAAAAGUCUCAAAUUGAUGAGAUAAAAACUGGCAUACUGAAUAAGUCCAACAGAAUCAAGGAGUAUAAUUUACAAGUUCAACGAAUUAAUGAAUCUCUUUCUAAUUAUGAACAUAGAAGGAGAAACUUGCAUAACAGAUUACAGGAACUAAAGGGAAAUAUCCGUGUCUUCUGUCGUAUAAGGCCGAUUCAAGACAAGUUAGAACAACUUUCUAAUAUUGAAGUUACUGAAGAUGAAAUUAAUGAAAAUUCAAAUCAAGAAUUAACCAUUUCAAAUGGACAAGAUAUGGAGUCAAACUCAUAUAGUUUAGUGAAAUCAAAUGGUAAUUCUUACACAUUUCAAUUUGAUAAAGUAUUCAAUUCCAGAUCGCAUAAUCCAAUAAUAUUUGAAGAAAUUUCACAAUUGAUUCAAUCUUCAUUGGAUGGUUAUAACGUAUGUGUGUUUGCAUAUGGUCAAACUGGUUCAGGAAAAACUUAUACAAUGUCACAUCCCCAAGAUGGAAUGAUCCCAUUAUCGCUUGGUAAAAUAUUUUCAGAUAUUGAGGAGUUGAAGUCUAAGGGUUGGGAAUAUACUGUUCGGGGUCAAUUUAUUGAAAUAUAUAAUGAGAAUAUAGUCGAUUUGUUAGCUCCAAGUGAUGCCAAUUUAAAAUAUGAAAUCAAACAUGAUGAUAUUGAAGCGAAAACGACAGUUACUAAUAUCCAUACCAUUCAGAUAACUUCUGAAGCACAUGCUAAUAGUAUUUUGAGUAAAGCCACUAACAAUAGAUCAACUGCAUUCACUAAAUCCAAUGAUAGAUCAUCUAGAUCACAUCUUAUAUUCAUAUUUAAAUUACAUGGUGUUAACGCUGAAAAGCAAAUCACUUCAGAGGGUACUUUGAAUUUAAUUGAUUUAGCUGGAUCAGAAAGAUUAGUUGCUUCUCAAGCUAAAGGUGAUAGAUUGAAAGAAACUCAAGCCAUUAAUAAAUCUUUAUCAUGCUUGGGUGAUGUUAUUUAUUCAUUAGGUCAAAAACAAAAUAACAAAGGUCAACAUAUCCCUUAUAGAAAUUCAAAGUUAACCUAUCUCUUAAAACAUAGCUUGGGUGGUAAUUCUAAAACUUUAAUGUUUGUUAAUAUUUCCCCAUCCCAAAAGAAUUUCAGCGAAACAGUUAACUCUCUUCGAUUCGCAACUAAGGUCAACAGUACAAAAUUA